GAAGAUUCUUUGGUAAUUGUGCAAACAUAAGCCGGAUUCGUGACCUUUCUGUUCUUCGGGACACCAGGGUCAGAAUCAUCUUCCCUCAUGGAUGGCCUGUGGAAUGAAGAUUGUUAAAGCUACUGCUGAGCCCAUGUUGACUACAGGCUUUCCUUGAUUUCCGGUAGGGUAUUGGAAGCCAGUACAAACCAACUUCAGCACACAACUGAUGCCAAAUCAGUCUGAGGAGAACAAGUCACGCCACGUGCAAUUCCAGAUGGGGACAUCUUCACCUGCGUGGUCCAAGGAGCCUACCAGAACUGCCACACCCCCACAAAGUCAAGAGCAAAUAUCCAAGGAGCACUCCAACAAUUUGAAACCAUCCUCUUUCUCCAUGCCAUAAGAAGAAUGGGGCCAUCCAAGACUUCAAAUUGAUGUCUCUCUUAGUGCUUCUGCAGGCAAUCCCUGCCUCUCCAAGAGAUUCUACCUUACGUCACCUCAAAUCGAAACCACUGUCUUCUGCUGACUCUGCCUGGAAAAGGAGCUUCUCCCUCAGACCCACCACUGCAGCCCCCCUGUUCCCAUGCAGGCCAGCCAGAACACCCAGAGCCACACAGAGAGAGCCAUAGAAAGUACCAUCCAUCCUUCCUGAAAGAAAUUAUUCUUCCUUCUGAAAAUCAGACUCUGGUCAUGAGAUGAAACCAUUCUCUCACCACCUCCUGUGGAUAUUUCCCUGGUCUGACUUCACCACUCAUCCCGACAUACUACAGAAAGACAUGAGAGAGACCAAAAACACAUCCCUGGACACCGUCGUGACAGGCUUCAAUCUCCUGGGCUUACCUCACCCCCCCAGUCUGAGGACCCUCCUCUUCCUGGUCUUCUUCAUCAUUUACAUCCUGACUCAACUGGGGAACCUGCUCAUUCUGCUCACCGUGUGGGCUGACCCAAAGCUCCACGCUCGCCCCAUGUACAUUCUUCUGGGCGUGCUCUCAUUCCUGGACAUGUGGCUCUCCUCAGUCAUUGUCCCUCAGCUAAUAUUGGAUUUUACUCCUACCAGCAAGGCAAUGCCCUUUGGUGGCUGUGUGGCUCAACUGUAUUUCUUUCACUUCCUGGGCAGCACCCAGUGUUUCCUCUACACCUUGAUGGCCUACGACAGGUACCUGGCAAUAUGCCAGCCCCUGCGCUACCCCGUGCUCAUGAAUGGGAGGUUAUGCACCAUCCUCGUGGCUGGGGCUUGGGUGGCCGGCUCCAUCCAUGGGUCUCUCCAGGCCACCCUGACCUUCCGUCUGCCAUACUGUGGGCCCAACCAAGUGGAUUAUUUUUUCUGUGACAUCCCUGCAGUAUUGAGACUGGCCUGUGCUGACACGACCGUCAAUGAGCUUGUGACCUUUGUGGACAUUGGGGUGGUGGCUGCCAGUUGCUUCAUGUUAAUUCUGCUCUCCUACGCCUGCAUAGUCCACGCCAUCCUCAAGAUACGCACUGCUGAUGGGCGGCGCCGAGCCUUCUCCACCUGCGGCUCCCACCUAACCGUGGUCACAGUCUACUAUGUCCCCUGCAUUUUCACCUACCUCAGGGCUGGCUCCAAGAGUCCCCUGGAUGGGGCAGUGGCUGUGUUUUACACUGUUGUCACUCCAUUACUGAACCCCCUCAUCUAUACCCUGAGGAACCAGGAAGUGAAGUCCGCUCUGAAGAGAAUAACAGCAGGUGGAAAGGCCACCAGAGAAAACAAGUAACUACAGGCCCAGGGACUUCCUGCCUCACCAUUGCUACCACACCUCUCAGCUUCUGCUGCGUGUGGCAAACGUUCAAAAAUAUAUGUUGGCUUAAGCUGAACUGGAUGUAAUUCUACUAAGAAGCUUCUAAUGCUAUAUUU